AUGCACUGCAACCUCUCUCUCGGUGUCGUGGCUGCUCUCCUCGCUGGAGCCAACGCCCACGGUCACGUCGCAAAGGUCAUUGCCGGUGGCAAGGAGUACACCGGUGGUAUUCCUCACGGUGCUCCCUCUGACGCUGUCGGCUGGGCUGCUGGCAACCAGGACAACGGCUUCGUCGCACCCGAUGCCUUCAAGACUGCCGAUAUCAUCUGCCACAAGAGCGCCAAGCCCGUCUCCAACGCUGUCACUGUCGCCGCUGGUGAUGUUGUCACCCUCAAAUGGGAUACGUGGCCAGAGUCUCACCACGGUCCCGUUACUGAGUACCUCGCUCCCGUCAGCGGUGACUUUGCCAGCAUCAACAAGCAGAGCCUUCGAUGGGUCAAGGUCGCUCAGAAGGGCCUCAAGUCUGGCAACAACCCCGGUGACUGGGCCUCCGACGACCUCAUCCGCGAUGGCUUCUCAUGGAAGUUCACCGUCCCCAAGAACCUCAAGGCCGGAAACUACGUUCUCCGACAUGAGAUCAUUGGUCUUCACUCGGCUGGUCAGGCCAACGGUGCUCAGGCCUACCCCCAGUGCAUCAACCUCAAGGUUACUGGCAGUGGCGGCCAGGCCAUCAGCGGUGGUGGCGACUUCACCACCUUCUACACUCCUACCGACCCUGGUAUCCUCUUCAACCUCUACCAGUCUUUCUCUUCCUACCCCAUCCCCGGUCCUUCCGUCCAAUCUAUCUAA